UGGCAGGACAACAUGGAGUCCGGCAAGAUGGCGCCGCCCAAGAACGCUCCGAGAGAUGCCUUGGUAAUGGCACAGAUCCUGAAGGAUAUGGGAAUUACAGAGUACGAACCAAGGGUUAUAAACCAAAUGUUGGAAUUUGCUUUCCGAUAUGUGACCACAAUUCUGGAUGAUGCAAAAAUUUAUUCAAGCCAUGCUAAGAAACCUAAUGUUGAUGCAGAUGAUGUCAGACUGGCAAUCCAGUGUCGUGCUGAUCAGUCUUUUACGUCUCCUCCCCCGAGAGAUUUUUUACUGGAUAUCGCAAGGCAGAAAAACCAAACCCCUCUACCUCUGAUUAAGCCAUAUUCAGGACCCAGACUGCCACCUGACAGAUACUGCUUAACAGCUCCAAACUAUAGGCUGAAGUCCUUACUUAAAAAGGGACCUAACCAAGGAAGACUAAUUCCACGGUUAAGUGUUGGUGCUGUUAGUAGCAGACCUACCACUCCUACUAUAGCAACCCCACAAACAGUGUCUGUCCCAAAUAAAGUUGCACCUCCCGUGUCAGUGACAAGCCAAAGGUUUACGGUGCAGAUUCCACCUUCUCAGCCCGCACCCGUCAAACCAGUUCCUACAACAACUGCAGUUCAAAAUGUUCUGAUUAAUCCUUCAAUGAUUGGGCCCAAAAAUAUUCUUAUUACCGCCAACAUGGUCUCAUCACAGAACACGGCCAAUGAAUCAAACCCGCUGAAGAGAAAACAUGAAGAUGAUGAUAACGAUACUAUGUAAGGAAUACAGUCUAGAGGCCUUUCAGAUGCGUAGUUGGUUUUGAGCCCAAUAUACUGAACUAGAACGUUCUAGAUCUCAAGUUUUACCUUAAGAAACUUAAAGAGAGCUGCAGUAUUUUUCAUAUUUCUGUAAACCAUUAGAUGUCUUAAGGCUGCCAGUGUGUUUUUCAUUAGGCUUCCAGUAGAGAAAGUUGAGCACUUGUUUAAUGGUUUCACUAAUGUUGAGUCCUAGUACAGCAGUUCGGUUUUUGGAAGCAGUUUUCUGCCCUGUGUCACUGACAGGAUGUAAGUUUCAGUUUGUGAGGCCUGAUCAGUGGACUAAUCUUUACCAGCACAGUUUCUCAUCUACAUUACAAUACCAUUUUCUCUUGUAAGGUAAAAUAGUCACUUUUAUUGUCACCAGCUUUUUAAACCAAAUCUCUCAAUUUAGAAGGCAUUUUUGGAGAGGAUGGAUUUAGAAGGACUCUAAAUCCGAUUUUGAAUGUAUUUAAGUUGUUUUUGGUGUUUCCUAACCUCCUACCUCCUCAGCCCCAUUUCUAGCUCCCAUUCACUUUCUGCACCAUCUCCUCUCGCCAUUGCUCUUAAAUUUAAAAGG